UAGGAAUAGGAAGUGAAUUCCGAGAUGUCAGUCUAGCGGUAGCUACAUGUUAAUGCAUGUCCAUCGACAGAGAGGGAAAUAAUAGAAAAGACGGACCGUAAAUUAUUUCGAGAUAAAUAUAGAAACAUCCCUAUGGAAAGACACGGAUUCAGACACAAAGGAGAAAAGGAAAAGACUGGACACGGUGUAGGAGAGGACGGUAACGAGAUUUGACCACGUCACUGUGACUCUGUCACUGCACAAAUAAAGGCUGUUGGACAGAGUGGAUCAUCUUUUUAUUGAAUUUAAACCUAAAUUAGGCACCAUGGCCACCCAAGACUCGGGCUACUAUGACUACACCAUCGUCGCCCCGGAGAUGCCGGCCAUGUUUGACGGCAUGAAGCUGGCAGCGGUCGCCACGGUGCUGUACGUCAUCGUCCGCUGCCUGAACCUCAAGAGUCCCACCGCCGCUCCUGACAUCACCUACCAGGACACGCCCCUGAACCGCUUCCUGCUCAAGUCCUGCCCCAUCCUGACCAAAGAGUACAUUCCGCCCCUGCUGUGGGGUAAAAGUGGCCACCUACAGACAGCACUGUAUGGCAAGAUGGGGCGUGUGAGCUGCCCUCACCCCAUAGGCCUCAGGAAGUACUUACCCAUGCAGGAUGGGGCCACCGCCACCUUUGACCUCUUCGAGCCCAUGGGGGACCACCGGACAGGAGAUGACGUCACCAUGGUGAUAUGCCCGGGGAUCGGUAACCAUAGCGAGAAGCACUACAUCCGCACCUUUGUGGGCCACUCUCAGAAGGAGGGUUACAGGUGUGCUGUGCUCAAUCACCUGGGUGCUCUGCCCAACAUCGAGCUCACCUCACCUCGCAUGUUCACCUACGGUUGCACGUGGGAGUUUGCGUCCAUGGUGGGUUACAUCAAGAAGAUGUUCCCUCACACCCACCUCAUAGUGGUGGGCUUCAGCCUGGGAGGCAACAUCGUGUGCAAGUUCCUGGGAGAGAACCGGACCAAUCAGGAGAGAGUGCUGUGCUGCGUCAGCGUCUGCCAGGGAUACAGUGCACUCAGGGCCCAGGAGACGUUCCUACAGUGGGACCAGUGCAGACGCUUCUACAACUUCCUCAUGGCCGACAACAUGAAGAAGAUCAUCCUUUCACACAGGGGCAGUCUGUUUGGAAGUGCAACGAAGAUGGAGGAUGCAGACCUGAGCCGGCUCUACACGGCCACCUCCCUCAUGCAGAUCGAUGAAACCAUCAUGAGGAAGUUCCAUGGGCACAACUCCCUCAAAGAAUACUACGAGAAGGAGAGCUGUGUGCAUUAUAUUCACAAUGUUGACGUGCCACUUCUGCUGGUCAACUCUGCAGACGAUCCUCUGGUGCACGGGUCUCUGCUCACCAUCCCUCGCACACUGGCAGAGAAGAAGCAGAAUGUCAUCUUCGCCCUGACACUGCACGGGGGGCACCUGGGCUUCUUUGAGGGGGCUGUGCUCGUCCCCCAGCCCCUCACCUGGAUGGACAAGGUGAUCGUGGGUUACGCCAACGCCAUGUGCCAAUGGGAAAAACAGAAACCACCAUGCCAAAAAAGCGGGAACCUGAAUACAUCCUGUCCUGAAGAGAAGGCAGCGUAAAUGUUAACUUCCUGAACUCCUCUCUCGCUCACCUCUGACCCCCCUCCCCACUCACUGAGGAGAAACCUUAACCAAACUUGAACUACUACUCUCUCCUCUCACGCCUCUUCUCGGGCUACUGUCUCAACCCUCUCCUCCUCCUCCCGGGUACCCCUAUUCCCUCAGCCUCUACUCCUCCUGCUGCCCCCCUCUAACCAAAACCACCUUACACGUGAAGGAACUAAAACGACUAAAUGCCUUUGUGCUUUGUCUCUGAGGGGAACUAGUGGAGUGGAGAGGAACAACUACUUUUGUCCUUAUGUAUACAUUACCAAGAGAUCCCUGAGAUCCAACCAUGGAGACUUUGACCAAAUAUUCACUUUAAAAAGGGAUAAAACAAACUGGCAUCUGACAAGUAGAGAAAAAGAGGGAGAGAGAGCGACAUGGUAGAUGUGUAGUUGUAGAGAAAAAGAGAGGGAGAGAGGGCGACAUGGUAGAUGUGUAGUUGUAGAGAAAAAGAGAGGGAGAGAGAGCGACAUGGUAGAUGUGUAGUUGUAGAGAAAAAGAGAGGGAGAGAGAGCGACAUGGUAGAUGUGUAGUUGUAGAGAAAAAGAGAGGGAGAGAGAGCGACAUGGUAGAUGUGUAGUUGUAGAGAAAACGAGCACAGAAGAAACCUCCUAGUACUAUCUCUGAGGACUAAUGAAGCUGCAGUGACUGUACGCUACAGUGCACUCACUGCUGACGACUGCCAAGGCUUUAGCCUAGUUUGCCGUCUUAAACCAACACCGCCUCUUUAUACAAUGUAUGUUACUCGCAAAUAAUGUAUAAAAAGACAGUUUAGUUUAGCAGGCCGUGUGUGCUGAGAAGGAGAGCUGCGGGAUAGCUCUUAGUAUGUGACCUUUUCUAUUAGGUUGAUCUGAUUCUCUGUUCUGUCUGUUUUAGUCCUAAAUAUGUUUUCUUGGUGAAUAGCAGCCCUUUUUGGAAGGUAUACAAAUAUGGAAUAGUUUAUUAUUAUUAUUAUUAUUAUUAUUAUUAUACAAUUAUUUUCAGAUCACGAGUCCCCCAUAAAAUGAGUAUCUAUUUCGCACUUAAUUCCAUGUAGAAUCAAGGGGUAUGUCUCACAAUGCACCCUAGUUCCUAUGGUGAAAUAUAGUGGACCUGGUCAAAAGUAGAGCACUACAAAGGGAAUAGGGUGCCUUUUGGGAUGCAUCCAAGAUCUCACUCGCCCCUCAGUGAUAUUAAGCAGUGGAGGUAGGUUUUUACCUCUCGGACCUGACCUGUGGUCAAUCUCAAUGAGAUCCAUGCACAUUCCUACUGUCUCGUUGUUCUAUCACCUUUAUUCAAUGCACUUUAUAUGUUGUAUGUCACAUUUCUUUAGUCAACCGUUUUGUUAUUCUUUCUUUUAUGGGACUAGCGGAAGACAAAGGUUUAGAAACUUUUGUUUUGCGUAACGUUUAGUUCAGUGACACUAACGAACGAACGGGAGGGAGAGAGGUUGAUAACUCUUCAAGUUAGACGGCCCAAAUGAUCCCCACGUUCACUAAACCCUACAGUCCACCCUCCCAGUAGAGGAUUUUUGUACUUAAAAAUAAGACACUUUUUCCAAAAUAGUGCCCUACAUGUUAGUACACUAUGUAGGGAAUAGUGUCAUUUGAGAUUAGCCCUCAGGGUGAGUCUUCCUUGGCUGUCUGUCCUGUGCAGUCAACCUACUGAGCCUUACUACUAACCCUAACCUACUCAGUCCUAUACCCAUGAUCAGUUCCAGGUCUUCUAAAGCAUGACUGACUAUAGAAUCAUUCCCUUACACAGAGUAGCCCACUGCCAAUACACAGACACUCCAGUGUCAGACACUCGUAUGGAAAUGGACCUAGCAGCUCAGACUCAAUAUCACUCAAAUACAUUUUCAACCAAAGUCACAACGUAGAUAACUUGCUGUGAUUACUGGUUUAUCACAUCUGAUGUUGAACCUUUCAUUGGCGAGGGCACUGUACAGACAUGAACAUACACUCAUGUAGAUGACUGGUAUUAUAGACCAUGUGUUCAUGGGACCUGAGCUGUGAGGUGUGCUGAGUAGGAUGGCCAUAAUCAUUGUGUUAAUGACUUCCAACAGACUCCAUUUUGUUGAACCAAAAGUCAUCACAGAAAAUAAUUUUUUUUAGUUGAGCAGUGGUAGAAUACUGAUAGAAUAUUGGUGUCAGUGUUGAGGUCUACCAGAGAGGAAGUUUAUUAUACAUGGGAGUGGCCCAACUUUGUUGCUAGGGAACAUUAUCUUUCAAAGGGGGAGAGAACUACUUUCCAUUUAGUUUUGUCAGGACAGAAGGUCUUAGCACACACGUUUGUGUUUGAAGGAAUGCUGGAAUGUUAAUGCUGAAAGAUGCUGAGGUGUAUGAGAACGAUGAGUAGGUGAGAAUCUGAGGUUUGCAAAGACUCAACCCCGAACUCAAGGGGGAGUGGUGCAAAAGAUCAAGUUUAGACGUUAUAGCUCAGACGUCAUAGCUUUCUGUGUUUCCUCUUCUUCUUAUAUAUAAUGGCCAUGCAAUUCCCCUUCAAAGCCUGCAGAGGCAGCCAUUCUGGUGGUGUGUUGUCAUGACAUGUCCAGUCCAGAGGUCCAGCCAAGUGAACUGUAGGGAGGUAAAGCUGGUGAUUCACUGUACAUUAGUGUUAUGUCCCAAAUGGAACCAUAUUCCCUAUAUAGUGCACUACUUUUACCCUGAGCCCUAUAGACUGGUCAAAAGUAGUGCACUAUAUAAGGAUUAAGGUGCCAUUUGGGAUGCUAUCCAGGCGUAUCAGUCUCACCCAACCCAUACCUUCUGUGUAGCAUAAUGAGCUCUUUCAACAUCACCUCAUGCCAGUCAUUUGGCUGGGUGAGUUCUUUCAGCCUUGUAAACCGUCACUCCCUUCUCGAACUUCAUCUCAGUCAACUGGCAUCCAAACACAAGGGUGCCAUCUGCAGGCUUGGAGAGCAAACUACAACUUCUGUCUUAAAUCCAGCCAGUAGGUUACUGUACUGUAGUCCUUUAGACAUUAUUGAUGUUAACUCAGUGAGACAAGAUUUUAAUACAGCUGUUGAACUGAUGUUUAUUACCAAUGUUUGUUACCAAUUUUUAAGGACACUUCACAGUUUUAGUUAAAAGUUUAUAGAAAAUCAAUUAGUCAGUGACUCGUCCAGUCUAACCGAUAGUCAUGUGGUUCUGAGAUAUCCCAGCGAGUAAGAUCUGAGUCUUAAUACACCAGCAUAACAAGCCGUCUUUGCUAUGACUCCACACCAACAGGGUGUGUUCUGUCUAGAAAUCCACUUAUCACCUAACUUUGCACAGAAAUGCAGGUUUGGAUUGUAUCUCUUCAAACUACUCCCAGAAUUGAACGUUUAGUUUGUUUUUCAGAUGUAUUUUUGAAAUGUGUUUUGUAUUUUGUAUUAUUACGGUUAUUGUCUUGUAUGUGCAGAUCAGAGUGAGUGUAUAUGAAUGAAUGUAGGUGUGUAUGAUGAGUCCUAACACCAUCUCUGGUUUGGAAAACCAAAACAUGUCUUCACUUUUUAAAGAUACAAAUGAAUUAAAUGUAUACAUAGUUCGGUCGUUCCACCAAUUCAGUGCCUUUUUAGAAUUCAGCUGGUAACAUUCUCUCAAAGUGCACAUGUUCAACUUAAUUAAAGACACUUCCCACCUCAAGAGGUUAAAUAAAAAUGUGACUAUUAAGUGUGAAGUAAAGUAAUAGGGUUGGUGAUCAUACAUCUCAUUGUGAUGGAGGGAAUGGGAGCCUGUUGUGUACAACUGGGAGGGGCAAUUGAAUGCAAGCUUUUAAAAAAUGAAAGUACAAACAUUUGUAGCCUGUCGAUAUAUGGAGUAACAGGGUUGUGGUGUUCUGCUCCACCCACUCCGUUUCCCACCACAAAACACCAGAACCAGCUCACCUGCUUUUACACUGGGAUUUCACUAUUACAUAUUAGUUUCUUUAGGUUAUUAUUAUAGUUUCACCAUUUUAAAACGAGAGUUCAGUUUACAUAAGUAACAGAGUUAAUCUUAAAAUGAAGGGACUUUGUUUCCCUUGAAAUGAAUUACUCAUCACAUGAAAUAAAUUACAAUCUUCAGAAAUGACUGCCAAAGCAACUAAGUAACUAGGGCUUUACAAUGGAGAAAUGUUGAACUUAAGUGGGUUAAAAUGUUCAUGUUCAUGGAGGGACAUGUCAAUGCUGAUAUUAUAUAUAUUUUUUGUGCACUUUAGGAAGUCUAUUCAUAUAAAAAGUGGAUUUAUAGAAUUUUCCAUGUGAUCUAUAUUAAAGGGCACUUCAAUGAAUGUAACAGGCUUUUAAAAUGCAAUAAUGUUACACAAUUUCCUACUUUAAAUAUCAAAGGGAUGCAAAAGGCAGUCAUUUGGUGAAACGACCCAGUUAUAUGUUACCGUAUGACAGGGACCAGGGGCCAUUUAUAAAAGAUUAAGGCAAUAAUCAAUAGGGAUUUGUUUCUCUCAAGGUGUAAAUGCAAACGUGAGGGAAAGAUGAGUACAAAAUGAAAGUGGGAGAACAAUCUUAUUUAUGCAGUUUUGUUUGGCUCCAAUCCAUGUCCGAUGUUCAUUUUAGGAUUGAUACGAAACAAUGUAUUAAUCUUAACUUCCGCUUGUUGACCCUAAUUGUGUAAGUGUGACUGACUAUGGUCUUGCAGGUCCUGCUUUUGAGAAACAACCCUUUGAGACUGGAUGAGGUCACCAGACUGAGAUCAGAGGCCAAAUGUAAUUAAUGUCUCAGAGUAGGAGUGCUGAUCUAGGAACAGUUUUGGCUUUUAGAUCAAAAUACAUAAUUGGCUAUAUGGACAUUCAGGACCUAGAUCAGCACUCCUACAUCCCCAGGGGUUUAUUCCAUGGGCUGAAAUGUCCAGAACGAUGCUCAUAGAAAAGUAGUGCAUAGAACCAACAUGGUUCUCGAUUCCACAAGAAAGAAAGCUCUGUAAAUGCUAUGCAAUCCAUUUCUAUCUGAAACGUUCUGACCAUGCCGCGCUGGUGAACACACCUUGAUAUGAGGAAUGGAGCCCUUUCCACCAAUAAGAACACAGUGAUCCAUGACAUCAACAAAUGUUCACUUUAACAUUCUAGAGCUUUAUUCUUCUGUUUACAAUCUGUUUCAUUGUACGAAGAUGUUAGCUGUUUUGGAAGGGUGGUGGAUGUGGAAAUGUAAUUUUGGUGCACUGAUAUAAUCAUACAGUAUGACAUUAUGAGUUCAGAUCACUGGUGUGUUUUUGUAAAGAAAACCAAUGGUGUGUGUGAUGUACUAAUAAAACAUAUGGUUGUGUUCCAAAAAUAAA